UCCCACAGGGCCGCAGGUAGCAGACAGAUUCAUUCUCCAGCAGUCGGUCGGUCGCUUGACAAUGAAGCGCCAUUCCGCCAUCCAUGCUUCCAUACACCCAAGCUAACCACCAACCAACCAAUCAACACCAAAUUCAAGUGGAAGCACCUAGAUGCAGACAGACCUUGGAGGCUGGGAGUUAUGUAGGUGUUACAUCAACACAAUCGAAACGUUGUUCUAUAAAUACUAUGAAGAUCCUACCGGUAAUUUGGAUUGGCCUGGUGGUGCCCAUGGUCUGGGCCUGGCCUCAAUAUCCGCCCAGAGGAGACCCAACCAUGGCACAAAACUUGGGAAAGCAGUCCAGUGAAAAUGAAGUCACAACAACAUCUACAUUAGAUGCGGAUCACGUGGAACCUACAACAAACCCAUCAGUGAUCUCAAAAAGUGAGAACCAAGAGUUUGAACCAGCGAAAAACGAAUUCAAACAGAAACUUUUAAACACCCUCCGAUCUCAGGAUUCAACCAUAAUGGGAUCUUUGAAACCAGGGGAUACCACUCAAAUGCCAGAUGGGUCCGAGUGGUCCGAAAUCAACACUUCCAGUCCCAAUGACAUUCCUGAGAUGGAACCCUUGUCAGAGUCAGUCCGGGGGGUGGUCCCUAGAGAGAGCAAGAGCAAGAUGUCGGUGGUCCCAAAGAAAGGUGUUGAAAUGGACGACGACACCAAAGUUGUGCCCAAAAAGGGCGUAGAGGAAUCAUCAGAAUCUUCAGUUGUCCCUAAAAAGGGCGUAGAAAUGGACGAAGGGUCCAACAUUGUGCCUAAAAAAGAAGCCAUCCCGACAUUGGAUACGCCAGUGGUUCCUAAGAAGGGUGUCAUUGAUUUUGAGAGGGAGAAUAAAGUGGUUCCCAAGAAAGGUGUCGAAGAUUAUGAUUCCUCACUGCCUUCCUCCCAAGGGCCGCAGACAGGUACGGACCCUGUGGGCUUACAAUCCAACCCAAUUCUGCAGAAUACCCCAAAAGUGGAAAUUCCCUCGCCCAAAACUAUCUCGACCGAUGCGCCCGACAUCCAAAAGGUUGGGGCCAAAGACCCCACCCCAUCCACUUCCCUUAUAGUGGGUGUAUUCUUUGCCGUGAUUCUGUUGUCCGUGGUGGGCUUUCUGGGAUUCAAACGCUUGGAUGCGAUUCGUCGGCGACGCGAGUACCGCAGAAUGAACGACUUUCUCAUUGAUGGCAUGUACAAUGACAUGUGAUGGGUUCGGCAUUUUGAUGCGAUGGACUUAAAGAUGGCAGUUCAAACCCAUCUGUGAUAUCCCCUACAACGUCACAGUACUCUUCGUUGACACACUGUCUUGCCAUUCUCAGCUAUACAUUCUGGUAGCCUAGCCCAAUACCAACCAACCAACCAACCAACCACUCAAUCAAUCAAUGAAAUACUGUAGAAUUCCUUAACAGUUAUUGUUAUUAAGUAGCCUACAUAAAAUAAACCAUCCAAACUUAUAACAUCAUACUGACCCGCAAAAAGC